CUUUAUAGUCCACUACUUUAAGUUUUAAAUGGUUUGCCGACAUGUUAUUCAUUAUGGCAUCUGGCAUUUAAGUCCUUAACGUAGUCCACGUCACGAAGCGCUCAUAAAAGCGACGGUUAUGUGACGCCUGAAAGAGAACCAUUGUAAGAGCGACUGCAUCGUGUAGUUCGUCUGGUUUGUGACAUCGUGAGCAAGCAUUAUAAUAUUUCUAAGUUGUUAUCGAUAUCCAUUUGGAUUCUUAACUAAUAACGUAUAAGAAACCAUCCUAAAAUGGCUUCGGCAAAGGCGAAUAAAAAGGCAGCUGCGGUGGCAAUAGAUUUACCAGAAUGUCCAGUAUGCAUGGAGACUAUGAGCGCCCCGAUAUACCAGUGCCAGUCGGGGCACAGCCUCUGCAACUCCUGCACUCAGAACCUGCUGCCACCGAUGUGUCCCAUCUGCCGCCAGAAUCUGACGCAGAUGAGGAACUGGCAGUUAGAAGAAAUCGUCUCCAAGGCUAAAGUCUCGUGCCCCAACAAGUCGUCGGGUUGCGUCUACACCAUGGUGUCCAUGGACUUGGAAGAACAUCUCAAGGAGUGUAUCUUUCGAGAAAUGGAGUGCCCUCUUGGUGUUGUCUUUGGAAAAUGUUCCUGGACUGGUAGACUGAAAGAAAUUAUGGAUCAUUUCAAGGAACGCCACGGGUCCUUCUGCAACGUCACAACUGAUGAGGAAGUCGAGAUUACCAACGUCGACAUCAAAAACGAUGACCGUCAUUUCUUCCUAGUGGCUCAAAGCAAGCUACUGUUCAUUUUAACUAUGAAGAUUGACACCCUUCAGAAAAUGGCUUACUGGACUAUUCAACACAUCGGAAGCAAGAAAGUCCACAAGACCAUAUUUACGAAAUACAUAUUACGAGCAAGCAGAACCCAAGAAGGAAAGUUGUGUUCAUAGAACACUGCUUCAAUGAUGCUAUCAAGGCUGAAGAGGUAUUUCGUCAAGGCAAAUGUGCGGUCCUGCCUCUAGAUUCGCUGGUUCACUACAUAAAAGACAAAGCCAUGUCAUUUAGAUUCUUCAUCAAGCGGAUUCCUCCUGGUGGUCCAAAAAACAACAACGCCAAGAACGAUAACAAGCCUCCAGGACCAAACCAAGGUAACGGACCGAAGGGCCCGGGGCCCAAAGGACCAAAAAACCAAGAAAAUAAAAACAAGCCGAAUGGACCUGGACCUGGCCCCAAAUUUAACAAAAACAAAG